UAUGAAGGAAAAGUAGUUUGUUUCGAUCUUCAUAAAGCAAAACCCACUACCAUGACAUACCUUUCCUCUCUUUUAAACCCACUCUCUUCCUUGCCUCCAAGUUUAGCAUCACCAUCUCCUUCUUCGUUAAGAAAAAUUGGUCUCGUACAUCCAUCCCUCUACAUAUUCGCAGAGAACGUACACUUGAGUCCUUGUUCUCAUCUAUAGCGCAAUAUCAGAUAUUCAUCUUUGCUUUCAAAGACAGAUGGGUGCUGAUUGGGGACCAGCUGUUGUGGCCGUGGUUAUGUUCAUUCUAUUGUCACCAGGGCUACUGUUCCAGCUACCAGCGAGGACGAGGGUGAUAGAGUUUGGCAACAUGUGCACCAGUGGGAUUGCAAUCUUGGUUCAUGCAAUUCUAUAUAUUUGUAUAUACACCAUUUUGAUCAUUGCCAUUGGUGUUCACAUACGUGCAGAUUGAUCCAAAAGCUUCCUCCAAUAAUUCCUGUUCUCUGCUUUUCCUCUUAAUAGAUUUUCUUUUUCCAUCCUCUGUUACUUUCCUUUGCUGUGUUUUAUUAGAAUAUUGUAUGACUCGUUUCAUGAUUUGGUUUAUAUGGAAGGAAACAUGUUUUUGAACUCUA